CCCUUUCCUUAAGUUACAGUGAUAGUAAAUUGCUGUAUUCCAGAGCACAUGCAGAUUGUCAGUUUCCGCUGUCUCCCGAUCGCUCAACCCUGCAGCUCUGUUGUAUUUGCUGGGAAACCCCUACCUUAACUGCCACCUCCGUGUGUUUAGAGUGCUGAAGAUCUGAAAAGGUUUCUGCAGUACCUCCCACGGAAAAGAGUCUUCCACUUUUCUGAAGGGAUAUUGACAGAAUCUAAUUAUAAAAGAAAACUUUCUGCAAGAUAGAUGACUAAAGGUAACGGAGAAGAUCCAAAAACUGGAAGUAGGAUGGAACGCAUUCAACAAGGAGUCAGGAAACGUACACUUCUGGCAAAAAAAAAAGUGCAGAGCAUAACAAAAGAUGAUGUUAAAAGUUAUUUAUUGAGGAAUGCCUUUGUGCUCUUCACCGUUGUUGCUGUGAUUCUUGGUGUAAUCCUCGGAUUUUCUCUCCGAUCAUAUAAGAUGAGCUAUCGAGAAGUCAAGUACUUUUCAUUUCCAGGAGAACUACUCAUGAGAAUGCUGCAAAUGCUGGUCCUGCCACUAAUUGUAUCCAGUUUAGUCACAGGAAUUGCUGCCCUGGAUAGUAAAGCAUCAGGGAAGAUGGGAGUCCGAGCAGUAGUCUACUACAUGAGUACUACGAUCAUUGCUGUACUGAUUGGUAUAAUCAUUGUGGUCAUCAUCCACCCUGGGAAAGGUACUAAAGAAAACAUGCACAGAGAAGGCAAAAUUGUGCAAGUGACAGCAGCAGAUGCCUUUCUUGAUUUAAUCAGAAAUAUGUUCCCUCCAAAUCUGGUGGAAGCUUGCUUUAAACAGUUCAAAACUAACUAUGAGAAGAGAAUGUUUAAGGUAGAUAUUCCAUCCAAUGACACAUCCACAGUGGCUUCCAUAAUAAGCAAUGUGUCAGAAGCAAUGGAAACCCUCACACAGAUGAAAGAGGAAAUAGUUCCUGUUCCAGGUUCUGUAAAUGGAGUGAAUGCCCUUGGCUUGGUGGUUUUCUCAAUAAGUUUUGGCCUGGUGAUUGGAAGCAUGAAGGAGCAAGGUCAGGCAUUAAAAGACUUCUUUGAUAGCCUUAAUGAGGCUAUCAUGAGAUUGGUAGCUCUAAUCAUGUGGUAUGCUCCACUUGGAAUCCUCUUCUUGAUUGCUGGAAAAAUUGUUGAGAUGGAAGAUAUGGGUGUGAUUGGUGGUCAGCUUGCCAUGUAUACUGUAACAGUUAUCAUCGGUUUGCUAAUUCAUGCCGUUAUUGUCCUACCUCUUCUCUACUUCCUGAUCACUCGCAAGAACCCUUGGGUGUUUAUUGGAGGCUUAAUCCAGGCAUUAGUCACAGCUUUGGGAACAUCUUCCAGUUCUGCAACACUACCUGUUACAUUUAAGUGUCUAGAAGAAAUAAAUAGAGUGGACAAACGAGUUACAAGAUUUGUACUCCCAGUUGGUGCUACAAUUAAUAUGGAUGGAACUGCUUUAUAUGAGGCUUUGGCUGCAAUUUUCAUUGCACAGGUUAACAACUUUGAUCUGAACUUUGGGCAAAUUAUCACAAUCAGCAUCACAGCUACAGCUGCCAGUAUUGGGGCUGCAGGCAUUCCUCAAGCUGGGCUGGUCACCAUGGUCAUUGUGCUUACAUCAGUAGGCUUGCCUACAGAUGAUAUCACUCUUAUCAUUGCAGUGGACUGGUUCCUGGAUCGUCUCCGUACCACCACCAAUGUCUUGGGAGACUCCAUCGGAGCAGGAAUUGUUGAACAUUUAUCACGACAUGAGCUGAAGAACAGGGAUGCUGAAAUGGGUAAUUCUGUGAUAGAGGAGAAUGAAAUGAAGAAACCAUACCAACUGAUCUCACAAGAAAAUGAGAGUGAGAAACCAUUAGACAGUGAAACAAAGAUGUAGGGUAAACAAAGCAUAAGUCCAACACUACAAGUGUGGAAAACACACGCUUUUUCCAGCCAUUUAUAUCUUGAAUUCACCAAGUUCACUUAUUCCUUGAUUGCUCCCUUUAUGCUAGCACUGGAAAGAACUAAUGAAAAUACGUUCCAAAUUAGCAGUGAUCACAGUAAUUGUUUGCUUCCCACUUACAAAAAAAAUAACAGGCAACAACACUGGUCCUGCUAGACAUGUGCUAACUGAGGACAAAAAAAGAGAUUGUCAAUUAAAUAAAAACAAAAGUCAGUGUAUAUGUUACUCACACCUGUGAACCUAUUCUUUUUUUUUUUUUUUUUAAUGAACUGGAAAGUAAAAACAGAUAACAGAGCCUGAAAUGGUUUUAUUUUUUUAAAUACCUAUUGCAAAAUUCCUAACAUCUAUAAACACACAAUCAAUACUUCAAACCUGAUAACAGUUAAGUAAAUUAACAGGAUUUUUUAUUUUUUAUCUGAAAUUUUUUUUCUCAUCUGAAAUUUUAUUUCUCUGUUAUUACAUUGUUGUUCAAAUACUAGCAGGACAAUAAAAAGGACAUUAAUUGAAAGGAUAAAAAGGGGAUAUAAAUUAAAAAAAAAAAAAUACCCAAAUCAGCACUUUUAUCAGCUGAGUUGAAAUAUUUUUGAGAAAGUUAUUUUGUCUAGACACAGUUUUUGCAUUAGCCUCAGCUGAUCUUGACAAAAACUUAGCUUAGUCAGCUUGCACUGACUUGCAAACAUUUAUGUAUGUGUGUAUGUAUGUACCUCCAAUGUGGAUUUGCCCCCUUCAUUUCAACAUCACAACCCAGCUGAACAAUCGUAUGUGUGUAAGUGUUUGUAGGAGCAAGGCCAUAGGCUGUAUUGACUCUGGGACAGAAAAUGUGUCUUCAUCUCUGUUUGGAAAAAACACAUAGCAUGCCCUGGGCACACCAAUUAUCUACUUAAUAAGCAAUAAUAAGAAUAGAAGGCAGUGCCAGACUUCUGCAGAAGGUGCAGAAGGGUGGGAUUCUCAGAUCCUAAAGGGACUGGAUUCUAAAUAUGAAUCCCUGCGACCAACAGGAGGUCUUCUGACUGGAAAGUUCCCAAAUGCUUUGUGAUCUCACUGAUAAGUUGCAUAGCUAUUAUCUGGAUUUACAUUUUUCCAUCUGGAGAAGAAGGUUCCCUAACUCAAUGGGAAAUUUUGAAAUCCUUGUGUGUUUAUCAGUAGCAUCUCAAAAAGAAAAGAUAACCUUUUAGAAAGUAAAAUUAAUGGGUGUCUUUUUUGUUUUUACUAGGAAAAAAAUAUAAAUUGCAUAAUGGUAAAUAAUAUAAUAAAUGUUGAAAUUUUAAUUAGAAAGAAUUUUUAAACUCAGUAUUUUAGGCUUCCUUCAGGGAAAAGAUAAGGAAAGAAUGAAAAAAGGGAGACAAUGCACGUGUAAGCCUAGGGCUUUUUUUUGUUCAUUUGAAGAUUAGUCCCUGAUUAAGCCCUUUUCUAGAAAUAUAAAUUAUGUAUUUUUUACUUUACUCCUGACCAUUUUCUGCAGUUGAGUAACCCAGACAAUAUGAGCAGGAACUCUUCAGUGAAUGAAGUAAGCAGGGUUUAAUACAGAGUAUUGAGCAGUCAAACCAACGAAGCUCUAGAUGAAUCUCUGAAAAAAAAAACAAAUGGGGGCUGUGUGUGUGUGUGUUUGCUAACAGAAUGCAAAUCUAGGGUACAGACAGGCAUUUUCUGAUAUGUAAUUAGAGAUAUUUUUAUAUAGAUACUGUAUUCAGAAUGUGUGUAUAAACAUUAACUGUAGAAUUUAUGACAUAACAAUUUAAUUUUUUGUUAAGAUUUUGUUUGGAAAUACAUUGCAAAGACAAUGUAAAUGGCUGUCUUUCUAUGACAUCAGCUGAGAAAAAUGAAUUGUGUCACAAAGAAUGUGAUCUUUUUUUAUACUAACUUUGUUUCUUAUGGAAAUCAGGUAUUAUAGAAAGAUUCCCUUUCCCAUCCCUCACUGGUUCUGCAUUGGUAUGCACCCAGAGUGGAUUGAGAAACAUUACUUUGUAGAUGUAUUUUCAAUAAAAAUAGUUUUACAUUA